CGCCCCAACGCCGGCGCUCUUCCGGGUCGUCCCCGGGCGGCUCUAGGCGCUCCUCGAGUCAUUUAAGUAAAAGGCGUGUCCUCUGGUGCUAAUGGCAUGGAGGAGGGGCGUCGCGCGCGCGGAACUCGUUGGGAGCCUGGGGGCCUACACAGCGCUUCUAGGGGCCUAAGUUGCCUGCGGCUGGACCGGCUCGCACGAGACCGCCAGGUGCCGCUUCCCCUUCCAGCCAGCCUCCGCCGCCUUCCUUCCGACUUUCGCGUGCCUUCUUUCCGGCGCCCGCCCGCGGCCAGAGCCAGGAUGCUUCCGAAGCGGCGGCGAGCGUGGGUCGGGUCCCCUGGCGGUCCUGCCCCCUCCACGGCGCGCUUCCCCGGCAUUGCCAUCUACCUGGCCGAGCCGCGCAUGGGUCGCAGCCGCCGGGCCUUCCUCACGCGCCUGGCCCUCUCCAAGGGCUUCCGGGUCCUGGAUGCCUACAGCUCUGAGGUAACACAUGUGGUGAUGGAACAGACCUCAGCGGAGGAGGCCAGCACCUGGAAGGAGCACAGGGCGGUGGCAGGCUCUCCGCAGGGCCGCACCAGCCCAGUGCUGCUGGACAUAAGCUGGUUCACGGAAAGCAUGGCAGCUGGGGAGCCCGUGCCUGUGGAGCUCCGGCACUGCCUGGAGGUGGCCGUGCCCAGGAAAGGGCUGCCAGGCUCAGUAUGGAUGCCACAGUAUGCCUGCCAGCGCCCCACACCCCUCACACACCACAACAGCAGCCUCACGGAGCCUCUGGAGAUGCUGGCGGAGGCGGCUGGCUUUGAGGGCAGUGAAGGCCGCUUCCUCUCCUUCUACAGAGCGGCCUCGAUGCUCAAGGCCCUUCCGAGCCGGGUCACAGCCAUGAGCCAGCUGCAGGGGCUGCCCCACUUUGGAGAACAUUCCUGCAGGGUCAUCCAGGAAGUGCUGGCACAGGGAGUAUGUGAGGAGGUGGAGAGAAUCCGAUGCUCAGAGAGGUACCAGACCAUGAAGCUUUUCACCGGGAUCUUCGGGGUUGGGGUAAAGACUGCUGACCGGUGGUACCGAGAAGGGCUGCGGACCCUCGACAGCCUCCAAGAGCAGCCCCAGAGGCUGACCCAGCAGCAGAAAGCAGGACUCCGGCACUACCAGGACCUGAGUGUGCCGCUCCAGCGACCCCAAGUGGAGGCCCUGCAGCGGGUGGUGGAGGCAGCUGUGGGGCACAUCCUUCCCGGGGCCACCGUCACGCUGGCCGGGGGCUUUCGGAGAGCGGGCCCCCUCAGGGGCAAGUUGCAGGGCCACGACGUGGAUUUCCUCCUCACCCACCCCCAGGAGGGCCGGGAGGCAGGGCUGCUGUCCAGAGUGAUGCACAGCCUGCAGAGUCAGGGCCUUGUCCUGUACCACCAGCACCACCACGGCCACUGUGCAGAUGCCGCCUGCCCGCCUCUGCAGAACCAUGCCAUGGACGGCUUUGAGAGAACCUUCUGUAUCUUCUGCCUGCCUUCACCCCCAGGGGCUGCUGUGGGGGGCGCCCGGAGGGCCGUGCGGGUAGACCUGGUGGUGGUCCCUGUCAGCCAGUUCCCCUACGCCCUGCUGGGCUGGACCGGCUCGAAGCAUUUCCAGCGGGAGCUGCGCCGCUUCAGCCGGAAGGAGAGAGGGCUGUGGCUGAACAGCCAUGGGCUGUUUGACCCCCAGCAGAAGAAACAUUUCCAUGCGGCUUCGGAGGAAGACAUCUUCAGACACCUGGGCCUGGAGUACCUUCCCCCAGAGCAGAGAAAUGCCUGACCCAGCCGCUGGCCCAGUCUGCUCUCUGGAGAGGCAGGCCCUGUGGAUGCCUUCGGCCGCUGGAAGUCUCCAGGGCAAAGAUGCACUGUAGCCCCAGGUCCUCACCCCACACCCAGGCCCGGAUAUAAUGAAAUGAGCACACCUAACAAACCAAGCUCUGUUUUUUUGUGCUGCUGGCUGCCCAGGGGGCGUGGUGCUGAUUCUGUGCAGAGGCCCAUCCUGCUGGGUGUUGGUCGGGGGCAGGGCUGUGUGACCCUGGGUCAGUGAGGACCUGAAGGCACCUUCUCUGUGGGCUGGUUGUGGAACUUGAGGUGGCGGAUGGCAAGUGCUUUGUGCGGUGGGGGUGGGGGGUUGUCCACCUGCUGUGUGGCCAGCCACUGGGGAGGACAGGGCCCAGAGGUAGGAGCUGGGGGCAGGGGGAGAAUUUCCAGGGCCCAUCCACCACCUUCCAGCCAGGCUUCCUGUCUCUGCCUCUGCUCUUCUAAGGUCUGUUCUCAGAAGGCCUUUGUCAGCAAGUCCUGUCGCACCCUUCGUUGCUCCAGGCACACACUCGUGCUCAGCGAUUCCAAAGCCUCACAGUGGCCCCCAGAGCCCUGGCCACCCCUGACCACUGGCCUCGUCUGUUCUCCCACUGCUUUGAGCCAGGUGCUUUCCUGCCCCGGUGCCCAUGUGAACUGCCCCAGACACCCACGAGGCCAGGGCAGGUCUCAGCCUUUCCUGGAGGGGCCUUGGCCAUGCAGUGUUCUCUGCUCCUCAAAUCCCCAGGCCUGCUCCGGCCUCAGUGCCUUUGCCACAGGACCGUCCACUAGAAGGCCUCUCCUGACUCAGGUCUCUGUCUGUUGAGGACUUUCCUGACCACUCGCUGCAUUAAGAAAUAUUUUUUUAAAUGCAGACAAAUUGAUUCUUUUUGGUGUCCCUGUGUACACCCAUUCCCCUCCACCAUGCGAGCCCUGGAAAUAAAACAGCCAGUUAUUGUGCCAGCAAAA